AUGGUCGUAGUGGGUAAGAGUAAGGUGCACGAUGUAAGCAUGAGUCGACCAAAGAAAAAAUCGUUGAUUGCUGUCCUGUCGACCUGCAUUUUGGUGUUUCUCGUGUUUAUAAUUAAUGCUAGGUUUCAACAUAUCACAGUUUUCUCCAAACUUUUACAGGGUAGCGGUGAUGACAGGUCUCUUCAAUUGUUCAAUGGCGAGGAAUUCACAAAGUUGGGUUUAACACCUAGGGCGCCAGUAACUAUAAGAGACGUGAAAACAGGUAAGGAGAGAAAGUUGCACGGUAGAUUCCUUCACAUCACUGACAUUCACCCUGAUCCUUACUAUGUGGAGGGAAGUUCCAUCAAUGCAGUUUGCCAUACAGGAAAACCUAGCAAAAAGAAGGAUACUGCUCCCAAGUUCGGGAAGGCAAUGUCUGGAUGUGAUUCUCCCAUUGUGCUAAUGGAGGAGACGUUGAGAUGGGUUAAGGAAAACCUGAGAGAUAGGAUUGACUUUGUCAUUUGGACAGGUGAUAAUGUCAGGCAUGACAAUGACCGAAAAAAUCCAAGAACAGAAAUGCAGAUUUUUGACAUGAAUAACGUUGUUGCGGAUGAAAUGACUGCAUUAUUCAGUGCUGGGAACGAAGAGGAUCCAAGAGAUUUCGAUGUAUCUGUCGUUCCAAGUCUUGGAAACAAUGAUGUUUUCCCACACAACAUGUUUGCACUAGGGCCAACUUUACAGACAAGAGAAUAUUAUAGGAUUUGGAAGAACUUUGUUCCGCAAGAACAGCAAAGGACAUUUGAUAGAAGUGCUUCGUUUUUGACUGAAGUCAUUCCAGGGAAGCUUGCCGUUUUGUCGAUUAACACACUGUACUUGUUUAAGGCCAAUCCUCUAGUUGACAAUUGUAAUUCUAAAAAGGAGCCAGGUUAUCAACUCUUGCUCUGGUUCGGCUAUGUUUUAGAAGAGUUAAGAAGUAGAGGAAUGAAAGUAUGGUUAAGUGGGCACGUGCCUCCGAUCGCGAAAAAUUUCGAUCAAUCAUGCUAUGACAAGUUUACCCUAUGGACUCACGAAUACAGAGACAUAAUUAUUGGGGGACUAUAUGGUCAUAUGAAUAUUGAUCACUUUAUACCAACAGAUGGUAAAAAGGCAAGAAAGUCACUUAUGAAAGGCGUAGAGCAAUAUAAUCGUCUUCAAGAAGGGGGAGAUAUCGCCGAAGAAGAUGAUGAAACUGAGUUGAAUAGAGUUUUGGAUCACGCCAUGGCGGCAAAGGAAGUCUUUUUGAUGGGGGCCAAACCAUCUAAUAAAGAAGCGUACAUGGGCACCGUCCGUGAUACGUACUACCGAAAAGUAUGGAAUAAGUUAGAACGAGUGGAGGUCGAAGGUUCUGAGAGCGAAGAAAAGAAAAAGAAAAAGAAGAAGAAGAAAGACAACAAAAAGAAAAAGCCAAUCACCAGAGAAGAACUUAUCGAACGUUAUUCUAUUGUGAACAUAGGCGGUUCCGUGAUUCCAACCUUUAAUCCUGCCUUCAGGAUCUGGGAAUAUAAUAUAAGCGACAUAGCAAGUGACUCCAACUUUGCAACUUCGGAAUAUAAGCCGUGGGAUGAAUUUUUUGAAUCAUUAGAUAAGACUAUGGAAGAUUCUCUACUGCAGGAUGAAGUGAAUAAGAGUGAUAUCGGCCUAGAAAUUAAAGGCGAGAGGAUGGAAGAAAAAAAGAAGAAGAAGAAGAAGGAGAAAAAUAGGGAUAAAACUAUUCCAAUUGAAAUGCCAGAGGACUGCAAACUUGGUCCGGCUUACACACCGCAGUUAUUCACUCCAACUCGCUUUGUGCAAUUUUAUGCCGAUUUGGAAAAAAUCAAUCGGGAAGUACACAAUUCGUUAACCGAAUCGAAAGACGUUUUCAAGUAUGAAGUAGAAUAUACUUCCGACGAAGAACCAUAUGCAAUGGAUUCGUUAACCGUCGGGAGUUAUUUGGACCUAGCAGGUAGGCUAUAUGGGGAAGAACCUGCGUGGGAACAAUACGUUGAAUGGUCCUUCGCAUCUUCUGGAUACAAAGAUGAUUAA